CCCGUGCCUAAAAAGGUAGACUGACCAGCUUGUAACGCCAUUGGCGAUUGGUGGCCCCCAUCGGCCAAUCCCAGCUCCCGACACAUUUCAGGAUCUGGUUGCCCACAUUUAUAUCUUGUGUCAGAGGCAUUUCCUCGUCCAGAACGCCUUUCGAACGAAGGCUCUAGGGCUGUGUUACGUGUCUCGAUAGCCCCAGAAUCGUCCGUGCAAAAUGCCUAAACCGGAAAAGACUGAGGAGGAUCCCGAUCCUACCCCAUAUCUUUUCGUUUCUCUUGAACAGAAACGUAUCGACCAAACCAAGCCCUACGAUGCCAAGAAAUCAUGCUGGGUCCCGGACGAAAAAGAGGGCUUCGUACUUGGUGAAAUCAAGGGCACCAAGGGUGACCUCGUCACCGUCGGCCUCCCCGGCGGAGAGGAGAAGAACUUCAAGAAGGAACAAGUGGGCCAGGUCAACCCGCCCAAGUACGAAAAAUGCGAGGAUAUGUCCAACUUGACAUACCUCAACGACGCUUCCGUAUUGCAUAAUCUCAAGCAAAGAUACUAUGCUAAACUUAUUUAUACCUAUUCUGGCCUUUUCUGCGUCGCCAUCAACCCCUACAAGCGCUUCCCCGUCUACACCAACCGUUGCGCUAAACUGUACCGUGGCAAGAGGCGUAAUGAAGUCCCACCCCACAUUUUCGCCAUUUCUGACGGCGCCUACGUGAACAUGUUGACCAACCACGAAAAUCAAUCCAUGUUGAUUACUGGUGAGUCUGGUGCCGGGAAAACUGAAAACACGAAGAAGGUAAUCGCGUACUUCGCCACUGUUGGCGCCUCCACCAAGAAAUCCGAAGAGCAGGCCAAGAAGGGUAACUUGGAGGACCAGGUCGUACAAACUAACCCUGUACUUGAAGCGUUCGGUAACGCCAAGACCGUGCGUAAUGACAACUCUUCACGUUUCGGUAAAUUCAUCCGUAUUCACUUCGGCCCAACUGGUAAACUGGCCGGUGCUGAUAUUGAAACUUAUUUGCUUGAGAAGGCUCGUGUCAUCUCCCAACAAUCCUUGGAGCGUUCUUACCACAUUUUCUACCAAAUGAUGUCCGGCGCCGUCAAGGGCCUUAAGGAACAAUGUUUGCUCUCAAACGACGUCUACGAUUAUCACUAUGUCGCGCAAGGCAAAACAACUAUUCCAAAUGUUGAUGAUGCCGAGGAAAUGCGGCUGACUGACCAAGCCUUCGACGUGUUAGGUUUCACUCAAGAGGAAAAAGACAACAUUUACAAAAUCACUGCCGCUGUCAUGCACAUGGGUUGCAUGAAGUUCAAGCAAAGGGGUCGCGAGGAGCAAGCUGAGCCUGACGGUACUGAGGCAAGUGAACGCGUUGCCAAACUUUUGGGUAUUGAAGCUCCUGGUCUGUACAACGCUUUGUGCAAGCCUAGGAUUAAGGUCGGUGCUGAGUUUGUCACCCAGGGACGUAAUGUCAACCAGGUCAACUACUCUGUGGGCGCCAUGUCCAAGGCCAUGUUCGACAGGUUGUUCAAGUUCUUGGUGAAGAAGUGUAACGAGACUUUGGACACCAAGCAAAAAAGACAGCACUUUAUUGGUGUACUGGAUAUUGCCGGUUUUGAAAUUUUCGACUUCAACGGCUUCGAACAGCUGUGUAUCAACUUCACUAAUGAGAAGUUGCAACAAUUCUUUAACCACCACAUGUUCGUACUCGAACAAGAAGAAUACCAAAGAGAAGGUAUUGAGUGGGCCUUCAUUGAUUUCGGCAUGGAUUUAUUAGCCUGUAUUGAACUUAUCGAAAAGCCUAUGGGUAUCUUGUCCAUCCUUGAAGAAGAGUCUAUGUUCCCCAAGGCCACUGACAAGACCUUUGAAGAGAAGUUGAACACCAACCACUUGGGCAAAUCCCCCAACUUCUUGAAACCUAAACCACCAAAGCCUGGCCAACAAGCCGCUCACUUCGCUAUUGGUCACUACGCCGGUAACGUACCUUACAACAUCACCGGUUGGUUGGAGAAGAACAAGGAUCCCUUGAACGACACCGUCGUCGAUUUGUACAAGAAGGGUACCAACAAACUUUUGGUCGAGAUCUUCGCCGACCAUCCUGGACAAUCUGGCGCUCCCGAUGCCGGUGGCGGCAAGGGUGGCAAGAGGCCCAAAGGUUCAGCCUUCCAGACUGUUUCAAGUUUAUAUAGGGAACAAUUGAACAACCUUAUGACCACUCUGCGUUCGACCCAACCCCACUUCGUCCGUUGCAUCAUCCCCAAUGAGUUGAAACAGCCCGGAGUCAUUGAUUCCCACUUGGUGAUGCACCAGCUGACUUGUAACGGUGUACUUGAAGGUAUCCGUAUUUGCCGGAAAGGAUUCCCCAACAGGAUGGUCUACCCCGACUUCAAACUCCGCUACAUGAUCCUAGCUCCUGCCACAAUGGCAGCCGAAAAAGACCCCAAGGAAGCGGCCCGGAAAUGUCUGGAAGAGGUCGGCUUAGACCCGGACUCGUACCGGAUCGGACAUACCAAGGUGUUCUUCCGCGCUGGUGUGUUGGGUCAGAUGGAAGAGUUGCGUGAUGAGCGUCUUGGCAAGAUCGUCACCUGGAUGCAAUCUUGGGUGCGUGGUUACUUGUCCAGGAAGGAGUUCAAGAGGUUGCAGGAGCAACGUUUGGCCCUCCAAGUGUGCCAGAGGAACCUCCGCAAAUACCUCAAACUCCGCACUUGGCCUUGGUACAAGUUGUGGCAGAAAGUCAAGCCUCUCCUCAACGUCACUCGCAUCGAGGAUGAGAUUGCGAAAUUGGAGGAAAAAGCAGCCAAAGCACAAGAAGCCUAUGAACGGGAAGCCAAAGCCAAGAAGGAACUGGAAGGACUUUACUCCAAACUUUUGGCCGAGAAGACCGAACUCUUGUCCAGUCUUGAGGGAGAGAAGGGAUCCCUUUCCGAAGUACAAGAAAGGGCCAACAAACUCCAAGCCCAGAAGAGCGAUCUUGAGUCACAAUUAUCUGAAACUCAAGACCGCCUCAGCCAGGAGGAGGAUGCUCGCAACCAGUUGAUGCAACAGAAGAAGAAGCUUGAGCAAGAAAUCUCCGGUUACAAGAAAGACAUCGAAGAUCUCGAACUCAACCUCCAGAAAUCCGAGCAAGACAAGGCCACCAAAGACCACCAGAUCCGCAACUUGAACGACGAAAUCGCCCACCAAGAUGAGCUCAUCAACAAGCUCAACAAAGAAAAGAAACUUUCGGGCGAGAACAGCCAAAGGGUGUCUGAGGAACUCCAAGCCGCCGAAGACAAAGUCAACCACUUGAACAAAGUUAAGGCCAAACUCGAACAAACCCUCGACGAGCUCGAAGACUCCCUCGAACGCGAGAAGAAACUCCGCGGGGACGUCGAAAAGUCCAAACGCAAGGUUGAGGGCGACCUCAAAUUGACCCAGGAAGCCGUCGCCGACCUCGAACGCAACAAGAAGGAACUCGAACAGACCAUCCAACGCAAAGACAAGGAAAUCUCCUCCUUGACCGCCAAACUUGAAGACGAGCAAUCCGUCGUCGGCAAGCUCCAGAAACAGAUCAAGGAGCUCCAAGCCAGGAUUGAGGAAUUGGAAGAGGAAGUCGAAGCCGAACGCCAAGCCCGCGCCAAGGCCGAGAAACAGAGAGCCGAUUUGGCCAGGGAAUUGGAAGAGUUGGGCGAACGUUUGGAGGAAGCUGGCGGUGCCACUUCCGCCCAGAUUGAACUCAACAAGAAGCGCGAAGCCGAACUUGCGAAAUUGAGGAGGGAUUUGGAAGAAUCAAACAUCCAACAUGAGUCGACUUUGGCCAACUUGAGGAAGAAGCACAACGAUGCCGUGUCUGAAAUGGGUGAACAAAUCGACCAGUUGAACAAACUCAAGGCAAAGGCUGAAAGGGAUAGGGCUAGUAUUUAUACCGAGCUUCAGCAAACGCGCAGUGCAGUGGAACAAGUCGGUCGGGAGAAGGCCGCUGUUGAGAAAGUCUCCAAACAACUCCAACAACAACUCAACGAUGUCCAAGGCAAACUCGACGAGACCAACCGCACUCUUAAUGACUUCGACGCCGCCAAGAAGAAGCUUUCAAUCGAAAACUCCGAUCUUUUGCGCCAAUUGGAAGAAGCCGAGAGCCAGGUGUCCCAAUUGAGCAAAAUCAAAGUCUCACUCACCACCCAAUUGGAAGAUACCAAGAGACUCGCCGAUGAAGAAGGUCGCGAAAGGGCCACUCUUUUGGGCAAAUUCCGCAAUUUGGAGCACGAUUUGGACAACAUCCGCGAACAGGUUGAAGAAGAAGCUGAAGCUAAAGCCGACAUUCAACGCCAGUUGAGCAAAGCCAAUGCCGAAGCCCAAUUGUGGAGACAGAAAUACGAAUCCGAAGGUGUCGCCAAGUCUGAGGAACUUGAAGAGGCCAAGAGGAAACUCCAAGCCAGGCUUGCUGAAGCCGAGGAAACCAUCGAAUCCCUCAACCAGAAGGUUGUAGCUUUGGAAAAGACCAAACAGAGGCUCGCCACCGAAGUCGAAGAUUUGCAAAUCGAAGUCGACCGUGCUAACGCCAUCGCCAACGCUGCUGAGAAGAAACAGAAAGCGUUCGACAAGAUCAUCGGCGAAUGGAAACUCAAAGUCGAUGAUUUGGCCGCUGAACUCGACGCCAGCCAGAAGGAAUGCCGCAACUACUCCACCGAGCUCUUCCGUCUCAAGGGAGCCUAUGAAGAAGGCCAAGAACAGCUUGAAGCCGUCCGUCGCGAAAACAAGAACUUGGCCGAUGAAGUUAAGGACCUCCUUGACCAAAUCGGUGAAGGCGGCCGCAACAUCCACGAGAUCGAAAAGGCCCGCAAACGGCUCGAAGCCGAAAAAGACGAACUCCAAGCCGCUUUGGAAGAAGCCGAAGCCGCUUUGGAACAAGAAGAGAACAAAGUUUUGCGUUCGCAACUCGAGUUGUCUCAAGUUCGUCAAGAAAUCGACCGCAGGAUCCAAGAGAAGGAAGAAGAAUUCGAAAACACCCGCAAGAACCACCAACGCGCCCUCGACUCCAUGCAAGCCUCCCUCGAGGCCGAAGCCAAAGGCAAGGCUGAGGCGCUCCGCAUGAAGAAGAAGUUGGAAGCCGACAUCAACGAGCUCGAGAUUGCUCUCGACCACGCCAACAAGGCUAACGCCGAGGCCCAGAAGACCAUCAAACGCUACCAACAGCAACUCAAGGACACCCAAACCGCCCUUGAGGAGGAGCAACGUGCUCGUGACGAAGCCCGCGAACAGCUCGGAAUCUCCGAACGCCGAGCCAACGCUCUCCAGAACGAGCUCGAAGAGAGCAGGACUCUCCUCGAGCAAGCCGACCGUGCUCGCCGCCAAGCCGAGCAAGAACUGGGCGAUGCUCACGAGCAACUCAACGACUUGUCGGCCCAAAACUCCUCCCUUUCCGCCGCCAAGAGGAAACUCGAGACCGAGCUCCAGACUCUUCACUCCGAUCUUGACGAGCUUUUGAACGAGGCUAAGAACUCUGAAGAGAAGGCCAAGAAGGCCAUGGUCGACGCUGCUCGCCUUGCUGACGAGCUCCGCGCCGAGCAAGACCACGCCCAAACCCAGGAGAAGCUCCGCAAGGCCCUUGAGACCCAAAUCAAGGACUUGCAAGUCCGUUUGGACGAAGCCGAAGCCAAUGCUCUCAAAGGCGGCAAGAAACUCAUCCAGAAGUUGGAACAACGCGUCCGCGAAUUGGAGAACGAGCUCGAUGGCGAGCAACGAAGACACGCCGAUGCUCAGAAGAACUUGAGGAAGUCCGAACGCCGCAUUAAGGAAUUGAGCUUCCAAGCGGAAGAAGACCGCAAGAACCACGAACGCAUGCAGGAUUUGGUUGACAAAUUGCAGCAGAAGAUCAAGACCUACAAGAGGCAGAUUGAGGAAGCUGAGGAAAUCGCAGCUCUCAAUUUGGCCAAGUUCAGGAAGGCUCAACAGGAGUUGGAAGAAGCCGAAGAACGUGCUGAUCUUGCCGAACAAGCCAUUGCUAAAUUCCGCGCGAAGGGACGUGGAGGAUCUGUAGCCAGAGGAGGCAGCCCAGCGCCCCCGAGACAGCGCCCCCAGAUGGACGGCCUCACCUUCCCCCCAAGGUUCGACCUGGCUCCUGACGAGAUCUAAGCGCUGUGUUAACGAACUUUUCGGCGGAUAAAACCACCACAAUCCGCCUUUAAACACACAUUCAUUUUUUUUCUUUUAUUUUUUAUUUUUUGUUUAGGGUUGUAUUUUGAAUGAUUCCGUUGCCCAUUAUGCAUACGAGAUAGGGGAAAUAAGGGUAAAAAGAGACACGUACUUCCAUCCAAACAGCCCUUACAGUCUCCGAGUUCUCAUUGCCAUCUUAUAUUUUAUAUUAGGUUCUAAAAUUGUAUUGUAUGUGUGACAUGUAUGGCUUAAGGCACCAAUAAACAAGUUAUAUCGUUACAAAA